AUGAAACAUCAGAAAAAGGGAAUUUUUCGAUGUGGAAAAUGCAGACUCAAUUUUCUGUCAUUUAAAGAAAAAGUGGAUCAUCGUGUACAACUCCACAAGACAUUUAGAAAACCAGAAGCUCUGGAAGGGCUCCCCCCUGGAACAAAGGUAACCAUUCGGGCAUCAUUGUCUGGAAAACCCCAAAUGUCGACCUUACAUUCGAAAACUGAAACAAAAAACGAACCCCCAAACAUAACUUGGUCCUUAAAAAUUUCAGACCAACCGGAAAACUGA